AUGGAGUACUUCGACGGGCCGGGAGGGAUGCUGGCGAGGAUCGUGCCGGGACGCGAGAAACCGACGGUUCGAGCGCCCGAGGUGCGAGGGGACGUGGUGUUCGAUUUCGGGGAGAUGUCGGCGGAGGCGUUCGCGGCGACGUUUAACGCGCUGAACGACGUCGUCAUGGGGGGGGCGAGCGACGCGGCGGCGACGCUGACGAAGGAUGGAUUCGCGCGGUUGGCGGGGGAGACGGAAGACGUGCGAGGUGGGUUCGCGUCGGUGAAAUCGCGAGACUUUGAUCGGGCGUUGGAUUUGAGCGCGUACGAGGGGUUGAAGUUGACGGUUCGCGGCGACGGGAAAACGUACAAGUGCAUUUUGUACGACACGAACGACUCGUUUAACGUGGCGUUUCAUCAAACGUUCGUCGCGCCGAGGGACGUCACCGAGGUGAAGCUCAAGUUUAGCGAUUUCGUCCCCGUGAAGCGCGGUCGAGGCGUGGCGACGAACGACGCGGAGUACCGAAAGACGAACGGUGGGAAAAUCGUCGCCAUGCAGUUCAUGCUGAGUAAAUUCGCGUACGGCAUGGAGGAGAAGAACGCCGGCUACGCCCCGGGUCCGUUCGAGUUCGAGCUCAAGCGCGUGGAGGCGUACAGGUGA